UUUAGCCACAAAAUUUGACGAUGAAAUUGUACGACACAGUGCCACUGCUGCGCUUUCACAUAUUGAUAAUUUGAAUCGUACGCGGAAUCGUUUCCAACCAAACAUUGGAGAAUCAGAUGACACAUCUAUUGGCUCGCCAAAUCGACGAAGACGUAAUGCGCGUCAAGUUGAAAAUGUAAAACUUAAAAUGGGUAUACAAAUUGAUGACGUCCAUUUUAGAAAUAUGCUUUUAGACACUCAGGAAAGUGAACGCUAUGUUCAAUUAGGAUGCACACUUAUAACGACUCUUCUUGCGAAUUUUGAUGGUGUCAAAUAUUUAGAAAGCAACAAAUUCUUGAGGCAGAUUUCUGAUAAUUUAAAUCAACUUGUACCACCG